AUGUCUAUUCAAAGCCGAAAUAGUUCGUUGUUAAUCGCUUGCUCUUUGACAUCGUCCAUGCCUUUUCCGCCAGAAGAAAGUGUACUCUCCCCUCACAAAAUAUUCCCGAUUGUGGAAACCGGGUAUCUCUUGAAGCGCUGCAAUGUCCAUUCGAAGCCGAAAUACGCUGCAAUGUCCAUUCGAAGCAGAAAUUGUUCGUUGUUAAUCACUUGCUCUUUGACAUCGUCCUUCCUGUUUCCCCGCCAGAAGAAUGUGUACUCUCUCCCUCAUGAAAGAUUCCCGACUGUGGAAGCCGCGUGUCUCUUGAAGCGCUGCAAUGUCCAUUCGAAGCCGAAAUACGCUGCAAUGUCCAUUCGAAGCCGAAAUAGUUCGUUGAGAAUCAUUUGCUCUUUGACAUCGUCCUUCCCGUUUCCCCGCCAGAAGAAAGAGUACUCUCUCCCUCAUGAAAGAUUCCCGACUGUGGAAGCCGCGUGUCUCUUGAAGCGCUGCAAUGUCCAUUCGAAGCCGAAAUACGCUGCAAUAUACAUUCGAAGCCGAAAUAGUUCGUUGUUAAUCACUUGCUCAUUGACAUCGUCCUUCCCGUUUCCCCGCCAGAAGAAAGUGUACUCUCUCCCUCAUGAAAGAUUCCCGACUGUGGAAGCCGCAUGUCUCUUGAACCGCUGCAAUGUCCAUUCGAAGCCGAAAUACGCUGCAAUGUCCAUUGGAAGCCGAAGUAGUUCGUUAAUAAUCACUUGCUCUUUGACAUCGUCCUUGCCUUUUCCCGCCAAAAGAAAGUGUACUCUCUCCCUCAGGAAAAAUUGCCGACUGUGGAAGCCGGGUAUCUCUUCAAGCGCUGCAAUGUCCAUUCGAACCCGAAAUAGUUCGUUGUUAAUCACUUGCUCUUUGUCAACGUCCUUGCCUUUUUCUCGCCAGAAGAAAAUGUACUCUCUCCCUCAUGAAAGAUUCCCGACUGUGGAAGCCGCAUGUCUCUUGAAGCGCUGCAAUGUCCAUUCGAAGCCGAAAUACGCUGCAAUGUCCAUUCGAAGCCGAAAUAGUUCGUUGUUAAUCACUUGGUCUUUGACAUCGUCCUUGUCUUUUCCCCGCCAGAAGAAAGUGUACUCACUCCCUCACAAAACAUUCCCGACUGUGGAAGCCGCGUGUCUCUUGAAGCGCUGCAAUGUCCAUUCGAAGCCGAAAUAUAUUACUAGUAGUAUAAUCUAUCUAUCUAUCUAUCUAUCUAUCUAUCUAUCUAUCUAUUCCAGCCUCAACUCAUAUCUAUCUAUCUAUCUAUCUAUCUAUCUAUCUAUCUAUCUAUCUAUCUAUCUAUCUAUCUAUCUAUUCCAGCCUCAACUCAUAUCUAUCUAUCUAUCUAUCUAUCUAUUCCAGCAUCUGCUCAUGACUAUCUAUCUAUCUAUCUAUCUAUCUAUCUAUCUAUCUAUCUAUCUAUCUUCAACCAUAAAGCCUUAUACUGUUUUCCCCCUCAUCCUCCGUCUUUCCGAUAACGCAAUGAUAUUCAACUGCAGACGACAUUCACUCACUAAGUUAUGGCGCCUGCUUGUUACUCUCUUUCUAUUUGCUGAGCUUUUCAUCCUGGAUGGAAUAACUUUUUACACCAACUCGUCGGAAUUUAUUUCCAAAAAAAGCAGACAACAAAGGCAAAAAGGGGGCCCUUAA